CGUAUAAAUUGUGCUCCCUGGUCCACCAGAAGACACACUCAGAGUUCAGCAGCUCAUCUGUCAAGUCACAGCUACCAAAAAAGAACCACAAAUAAUUAACAACAUGAAGUUCCUUGGAGUCCUUGUCUUUGCCGCUGUUCUGGCCAUCGCUGCUGCUGGCACCGCUACUGGUACGUCAUCGCCACCGGCUCCGUUCACCACCCCGACCACGCCCUCGUCGCCCUCGACCACCACCUAUACCUACACCACUUCUCCAACCACACCUACGUACACAAGCACAUCCGAGACCACCACCACGAAGCCCUUCAAGCAGCAGCUCCUGUCUCUGCUCUUCAACAAGAAGACCGGAUAGAGCCCUCGCCUGGACCAGAGAUGCCGCCACAUGGAACCAAUCCAACUCACUCGAUUAGCCAAAAAAUAAAAAUAUACCAAAUCUAAAAACAAA